AUGGCGUCGCUGAAGUUGAGGGUGCCUGGCGACAACGUUCCAGUCUUCUCCAUCUAUGCGCCGCACAACGGCAAACCGUACGAAGAGCGAUUCAAUUUCUACUCCGAGCUGUCCAGCUUCCUUUCCUCUGCUAGUGGGAAUGGCCCCAAGGAGACGUUGCUGGCUGUGCAGGCCAUCCCUCACCAAGCGUGGAUCAGCGGACGCACGCUGGGGCUAAUUGACAGCAGGUCAGGGGCGAGGCGCAAUGGCAAUUUGCUUCGUGAGCGAGCUUUGAACACUGAGGUAAAACGGUCCAUCAAGAAAGAUAGGGACCAAUGGCUCACAUCUCUGCUGGAAAAAGGGCCGUGGGACCAAGUCAAAGAUUUACAUAAAGGCGUACAUCACCGACAAGGGCGGCUAAAGAACAUGCUGGGUCGCUUUGUCAGCUCAGAAGACCAGGCAGAGACGCUGGCCGAGUACGUGGAGAAAGUCCAAUGGGCAGUGCGGCCUCUGGAGCCGGUUCUUGCCGACACCUGCCUGGGCCCGGAGCUCGACGUCGAUCUGCGCGACAUAUCCGAGAGUGAGGUCGUGAAAACGGCGGCAAGACUCGAGAUCCGCAGGGCAGCCGGGAGCGACGACCUGCCCCCAGCGGAAUUCUGGAAGCAACCGGUGUUCAACCUAUGA